AUGAUCGGUAUCCACGGGUUUUCGGGAAUAUCGACAGAAUUCAAGCAGUUUGUCAGUCUGAUGGCUCAACGCGUGACUAUGAGCCCUAAGCAGUGGAUCUACUUUCCGUUAAAUCUACAAGAGUCCAUUACAGCAGCUUGGGUUCGGAAGUACAAAGCCUGUCGUGGGCCGGCUUUAAAUCCAGUAUUAGUUAAUGGCGAUGGCCCUGUCUCGGGUGUCUUCCAUGACACACUUGACCCAGAGUACGAUCAUGUUACUGACUUUGGAGUUACCUGCAAUGACUCAAGCCAGGGUGGAGCCUUAGAUCUGCUACGCAUGGACACCCGUCUUGAGCCGCAGCAGUUCCUCCGGGCCGAGGGGUAG